AUGGCUCCCCUGGCCUUGGUGGGGUUCGCGCUCCUCCUGGGUACUCCCCCAUGCUCAGGGGCAGCCACCCCGACCCCCUCCCUGCCGCCUCCCCCAGCCAACGACAGCGAUGCCAGCAGCAUGGGGGGCUGCCAGGGCUCCAACCGCUGCCAGCCAGGGGUCCUGCUGCCCGUUUGGGAGCCCGAUGACCCGUCGCUGGGGGACAAAGCAGCGCGGGCCGUGGUCUACUUUGUGGCCAUGGUCUACAUGUUCCUGGGUGUAUCCAUCAUUGCCGACCGCUUCAUGGCAUCCAUCGAGGUCAUCACGUCCAAGGAGAAGGAGAUCACUAUCACUAAGUCCAACGGCGAGACCAGCGUGGGCACCGUCCGCAUCUGGAAUGAGACUGUGUCCAACCUCACACUCAUGGCCCUGGGCUCCUCGGCCCCUGAGAUCCUGCUGUCUGUUAUCGAGGUCUGCGGCCACAACUUCCAGGCGGGCGAGCUGGGCCCGGGCACCAUCGUAGGCAGCGCUGCCUUCAACAUGUUUGUGGUCAUUGCUGUGUGUAUCUACGUCAUCCCAGCCGGUGAGAGCCGCAAGAUCAAGCACCUGAGAGUCUUCUUUGUCACCGCUUCUUGGAGUAUCUUCGCCUACGUCUGGCUUUAUCUCAUCCUUGCCGUCUUUUCCCCGGGUGUGGUCCAGGUGAGCAAGGACCCACAGACAUCUCCUUGGUGCAUGUGUGUCAGCAAAAUCCAGAGGGGUGGCUCCCCGGGCUUAGGGAGUCAAUGCCUGUAUUUGCAGAAAUGCAUGCUCACGUCUGAGAGGGCCGCCAG